UGACUUUGCAGAGCCGGCAAUUAUUGAGUUCAUACUGCUUGCGAGUGAUAGAUGCAAUUUGUAAUUUUCUAGGCGGAUGAACUUGGAAGCUUCUCCGUUAUUGAUUGAUUAAAAGAUCUGGGUUGGUGCUCUGUUUGGCCUUGAGAAUGUUGAAUUACAAUCUUCUGAUCCUUGAUUGGUAGUGGUUGAAGUGAGAGUACCUAUUGCCUCUAUUCUUACCGAAAAAAUAUUAUAUGGCUAGUUCAUGUGAAAGGUGGAUCGAUAGUCUUCAAUUCUCCUCGUUGUUCUGGUCUCCACCACAAGAUGCACAGCAACGAAAGGAUCAAAUUACUGCCUAUGUUGAGUACUUUGGUCAGUUCACAUCAGAACAGUUUCCCGAAGAUAUAGCUGAGCUGAUCCGUAACUGUUAUCCAUCUAAGGAAUUACGCCUUUUUGACGAUGUUUUAGCAAUUUUUGUCCUUCAUCACCCGGAGCAUGGACACGCUGUCUUUCUUCCUAUUAUUUCGUGUAUCAUUGAUGGUACACAGGAGUAUGAUCGAAGUAUUCCUCCAUUUGCUUCUUUCAUUUCCUUAGUCUGCCCAAGUAGUGAGAAUGAGUACUCUGAACAGUGGGCUCUGGCAUGUGGAGAGAUUUUAAGAAUUUUGACUCAUUACAAUCGUCCAAUUUACAAGGUUGAUCAUCAACACAGUGAAGCUGACAGAAGUGACAGUGGCAGCCUUGCUACGAGUAACUCUGCAAAUGGGGAUGUACAACAGGAAAGGAAACCAUUUAGGCCUUUAUCUCCAUGGAUUACUGAUAUAUUGCUGGCUGCACCUCUGGGUAUUAGAAGUGACUACUUCCGUUGGUGUGGAGGGGUGAUGGGAAAAUAUGCAGCUGGAGAACUCAAGCCACCUUCAACUACUUCUCGAGGAUCAGGGAAGCACCCCCAGCUCAUGCCAUCAACUCCAAGAUGGGCUGUUGCCAAUGGCGCUGGUGUUAUAUUAAGUGUUUGCGAUGAGGAAGUUGCUUGCUAUGAGACUGCUACUUUAACUGCAGCUGCUGUUCCUGCACUUCUGCUUCCUCCUCCAACAACAGCUAUGGAUGAGCACCUUGUAGCAGGGCUACCUCCUCUUGAGCCAUAUGCUCGUUUAUUUCAUCGCUAUUAUGCAAUUGCUAGUCCAAGUGCCACACAAAGACUUCUUCUUGGACUUCUAGAAGCGCCUCCAUCCUGGGCACCUGAUGCACUUGAUGCUGCUGUACAACUUGUGGAACUGCUUAGAGCAGCUGAAGAUCAUGCAUCUGGCAUGAGGCUUCCAAGGAACUGGAUGCAUUUGCAUUUCCUGCGUGCAAUUGGGACUGCAAUGUCAAUGAGAGCAGGGAUUGCUGCAGAUGCUGCGGCUGCAUUGCUUUUUCGCAUACUUUCACAACCUGCAUUGCUUUUUCCUCCACUGGGGCAAGUUGAAGGAGUUGAACUUCAGCAUGAACCUCAGGGUGGUUAUAUUUCAUCCUACAGGAAACAGAUAGAAGUGCCUGGAGCUGAAGCAACCAUUGAAGCCACUGCCCAAGGGAUUGCAUCAAUGCUAUGUGCCCAUGGGCCUGAGGUUGAAUGGAGAAUAUGUACCAUAUGGGAAGCUGCUUAUGGUCUGAUUCCAUUAAGUUCCUCAGCUGUUGACCUUCCUGAAAUUAUCGUUGCAACCCCCUUGCAACCUCCCAUUCUAUCAUGGAAUUUGUACAUACCUCUCCUUAAAGUCCUGGAGUAUCUUCCUCGUGGAAGUCCAUCCGAAGCAUGUCUCAUGAAAAUUUUUGUAGCUACCGUUGAAGCGAUUCUUCAAAGAACAUUUCCACCUAAGUCCUCCAGAGAAGAAAUCAGGAAAGCGAGGUAUCUUUUUGGUGUUGGGUCUGCCUCAAAAAAUCAUGCUGUUGCAGAGCUUCGCACAAUGGUCCACUCACUAUUUUUGGAAUCGUGCGCCUCUGUAGAGCUUGCUUCACGCUUACUUUUUGUUGCGUUAACAGUGUGUGUUAGUCAUGAAGCUCAGCAACCCAAUGGGAGCAAAAGGCCAAGUGGUGAAGAUAAUCAUCCUCCUGAUGAAAUCAGCAAGGACUUGCAAGUGACACCUGAGAACCAGAGAGAAAUGAGAACUAGGAAAACAAAGAAACAGGGCCCUGUAGCUGCAUUUGAUUCUUUUGUUCUAGCAGCUGUCUGUGCUCUUGCCUGUGAACUUCAGUUGUUCCCUUUGAUUUCAGGAGGGAAUAAUCGUUCAGAUGUAUCGAAGCCUGCAAUGAUAAAUGGUUCUCCUAAUGAGCUCGGGAAUAGUAUUGACUCUGCAGUUUGUCAUACUCACAGACUAUUGGCAAUUUUAGAGGCACUUUUUUCGCUGAAACCAUCUUCAGUCGGCACCUCAUGGAGUUACAGUUCCAAUGAGAUAGUCGCUGCUGCAAUGGUUGCUGCUCAUAUAUCUGAAUUAUUCAGACGAUCAAAGGCUUGCAUGCAUGCUCUAUCUGUCUUGAUGCGGUGCAAGUGGGAUAAUGAAAUUCACUCCAGGGCAUCUUCACUAUACAAUCUCAUAGAUAUUCACAGCAAGGCUGUUGCAUCUAUAGUUAACAAGGCAGAACCACUCGAAGCACAUUUGAUGCAAGGACCAGUUUGGAAAGAUAGCCCAAUGGGUCAUGAUGGCAGAAAACAAAAUAAAUGUGCAAAUUCUAGCUGCACUGAAUCAGUGCAGCCAUCUUCCCUGCAGCGUGAUAAUUUGGCAGAUUCAAGAACUUUACCUAAGAGUGAGAAAGCUUCUCAUUCAACUGCAGGCACGGGAAAUCUCACAGGAAAAGGAAUUGCAAGCUUUCCAUUAGAUGCAUCGGAUUUGGCCAACUUUCUCACAAUGGAUAGGCAUAUAGGAUUUAAUUGCAGUGCACAAGUUCUUCUGAGAUCAGUACUGGUAGAGAAGCAAGAACUGUGUUUCUCAGUUGUUUCAUUGCUCUGGCAUAAAUUGAUUGCAGCCCCUGAAACACAACCCAGUGCAGAAGGCACUUCUGCUCAGCAAGGAUGGAGGCAGGUGGUUGAUGCACUAUGCAAUGUCGUAUCAGCAUCACCAACAAAAGCUGCAACAGCUGUUGUUCUUCAGGCGGAUAGGGAAUUGCAGUCUUGGAUUGCUAAAGACGACGAUCAAGGUCAAAAGAUGUGGAGAAUCAACCAGCGAAUUGUGAAACUGAUUGUGGAGCUAAUGAGAAACCAUGACAACCCAGAGUCAUUAGUAAUUUUGGCUAGUGCUUCAGAUAUUCUUCUGCGUGCCACGGAUGGGAUGCUCGUCGAUGGAGAAGCAUGCACUUUACCACAGCUGGAGCUCCUUGAAGCAACAGCUAGAGCAAUUCAACCAGUUCUUGAGUGGGGCGAAUCAGGAUUGGCAGUUGCAGAUUGCCUUUCAAACCUGUUAAAGUGUCGCGUACCGGCUACAAUACAAUGCCUUUCUCAUCCGAGUGCUCAUGUCCGUGCUCUUAGCACAUCAGUUCUUCGUGAUAUUUGGCAUACUGGUUCAAUAAAAUCUAGUACUAAACAAGUGGACAUAAACCACUUACAUGAUGCCACUUAUCAAUAUCUAGAUGUAGGCACCAUUGAUUGGCAAGCGGAUAUUGAGAAGUGUCUAACAUGGGAAGCUCAUGGAAGACUUGCAACUGGAAUGCCUAUUCAUUUUCUAGAUAUUGCUGCUAAGGAAUUAGGAUGUUCUAUAUCAAUUUGAGAUUUCUAGCACUUGUCAGCUGCUUUAGAUUCAUUGGUAUUCAUUACAAGUGAGGAUUUGCAAAAACAAGAAAACCAAUUUUCAUGAAGGAUACUGAAAGGAAGGAGAAGUUCUUCGAUGGUGAGUGGUAAAAUGUCAUUAUCGUCCUUUACACAAUAAUGGCUGGUGUACAGUGAGAUUGUAGACAUGGCUGAUGAUGUUCAAUGUGAUGUUGUUCAACUUUAUUUGCACAACUUCAUUUCGUAUUGGGUCAGAAACCGACAUUUUACUUUAUUGAGUAGAUUAUCAUGGAUUUCUUUUGGCAUAAGAAUACUGAAUAUCAGGCUGUCUCGGUUAUAUAAUAUUUGGUUUUUUCCCCUCCAACAUUAUUAUCUUGGUGGAAAUUGCACUGUUUUUGUUACCUCA